CCCGCCACCGUUCCACCUCUCACGGCCCCUCCUCGCCCUUCCCCUAUCCAUCUUCCAACCUUUCACUGAUUUGGAGUCAGAUCGCACUUGCCCGAUCAGCCUCCGUCGGUAUUCCUGCUUCCCCCGUGACUUUGUGGAUUUCGAUUUCCUGCGCUCCGAGUUCCGGGAGGAGAGUCGCUUUCCACCAUUUUGAAUGGACCAGUAUGAGAAGGUGGAGAAGAUUGGGGAGGGGACCUAUGGGGUGGUGUACAGGGCUCGGGAUCGUCUCACUAACGAGACGAUUGCUCUGAAGAAGAUUCGGCUGAAGAAUGAAGAAAAGGGGGUUUCAAGUACUGCAAUCAGAGAGAUCUCUCUCCUGAAGGAAAUGCAGCAUAGCAAUGUUGUCAGGUUGCAGGAUGUAGUCCACACUGAGAAAAGAGUUUAUUUAGUAUUUGAGUAUCUUGACUUAGACUUGAAGAAAUUCAUGGACUCUUGCCCAGAAUUUGCUAAAGAUCCACGACUAGUCAAAACUUACUUGUAUCAGAUACUUCGUGGCAUUUCCUAUUGUCAUUCCCAUAGGGUGCUUCAUCGAGAUCUAAAACCGCAAAAUCUCUUGAUUGAUCGAAGAACAAAUGUAUUGAAGCUUGCAGACUUUGGGCUGGCUAGAGCUUUUGGCAUUCCUGUUCGGACGCUCACACAUGAGGUUGUGACGCUCUGGUAUAGAGCUCCGGAAAUCCUCCUUGGAUCCAGACACUAUUCUACGCCUGUUGAUGUGUGGUCAGUGGGGUGUAUUUUUGCUGAAAUGGUGAAUCAACGACCAUUAUUUCCUGGAGAUUCUGAGAUUGAUGAAUUGUUUAAGAUAUUCAGCAUAUUGGGUACCCCAAAUGAAGGGACAUGGCCAGGAGUUACUUCACUACCCGAUUUCAAGUCUGCUUUCCCCAAGUGGCAGCCUCAGGAUCUGGCAACAGUAGUUCCGAAUCUUGAAGCUCCAGGGAUUGAUCUUCUCUCAAGAAUGCUUAGCUUAGACCCAAGUAAGAGAAUCACAGCUCGACACGCUCUGAAGCACGAGUACUUCAAGGAUCUCACUCUCACUACAUGAGUAAUAUUCACCUGAUACAUAGUAGAUUUUCAGGUAGGUGCUUCAUAAUUCUGCAAUUCCUCUCUACCUAUGCUUCCUGUAAUACCUCUGCCUCAGUCGCCUUCAUGAUC